AUGAAACCUGCCUUGGAAAUCAAGACGUGUCAGGCAGCGAGUCCACUUACCGCUGCAGCGCUUUCUUACUUUGGAUCUGAACUAGCUCCUGGAGAGCAGGAAAGACUGGGGCAAGAAGGUGGUGGAAAAACAAUGAGGUGGAGGAUUGCAGAAGAGUAUCAAUUGUGUAAUCUGAAGAUUCCGAAACACGAAGGUCCGAAUUUGGAUUUCAGGGAAAACGAAGAGGAUUGGAGUGAGUUUCAGAGAAAGCAGGGGGAAUGGGAGAGUUAA